AUCUAUGCUUCGUCGUCCACUUGUACCGUAUAAAUUCUCCUGAUUUCGAGCUUUAAAUACCAGUAAGCAACAUUCCUAAUCGCUCAUUCGGCUCUCACUCUUCAUUUAUCAAGUUUUAGAUCUGAAAUUUCAAGGAAAUAACUAAUGGCAGAAGAAGAUGUAAAGCUCAUCGGGUUGUGGGCGAGCCCCUUCGUCGUGAGAGCAAGGAUUGCUCUGAAUCUGAAGGGGAUCGAGUACGAGUUUCUUGAAGAAGAGCCCGGCAAGAAGAGCGAGCUUCUUCUCAAAUCAAACCCUGUCUAUAAGAAGUUCCCUGUACUCAUCCAUGGCGGCAAGGCCAUCUGCGAGUCCCUUCUCAUUGUCCAAUACAUCGAUGAAGUCUGGUCCUCUUCAGGCUUUCCCAUCCUUCCUGCCGACGCCUACGACCGAGCCAUCUCUCGCUUCUGGGCCGCAUACAUCGACGACAAGUUGCCGACUCAGGGUCCGGCUUUGCUCGACAGCACGAAUGAGGAUAGCCAGGCAAAAGCGAAAGCGAAAGUGCUCUCGACGCUGCAGCAGCUGGAAAAGGCUUUUGUGGAUUGCAGCAAAGGGAAGAGCUUCUUCGGCGGCGACAGCAUCGGCUUCAUUGACAUCGCCCUCGGCUCCUUACUUGGUUGGCUUAAGGCUAGCAAGCUUAUUGCGGACAUAAACAUUCUGGAUGAGACGAAGACUCCUCGGUUGGUUGAGUGGGCGGAGCGCUUCUGCUCCGCCGAGGCCGUGAAGGAGGUGCUUCCGGAAGCUGAAGAACUGGUGGAGUUCAGAAAAAUUGCUCAUGCUGCUACUUCCAAGUGAUGAGUGGAUAUUUCGAUACACGAUUUAUGAGGGUUUUGAUUUGAGCGUUGUAUGAGUAAGUUUUAUGUUGAUUGGAAUGCAGAGAUGUGAAUACUGUGUGGGCAAGAAAA